AUCUUGUAUCUUAAUGGCAAAAAAAAAAUUAACUGAGCUACAGCUUGGUAGAAUUCUUUAUGAUCGUAGCUGUGGUGAUUCUUAUACAACAAUUGCAAAAAAUGUUAAGUGUGAUUGGAAUCACAAAUGGUGUAACAUUGUUUGGUUAGAUGAGUUCAUGUUUAGGCAGUUUUCAGCAAGUCACAAUAUACGAGUUUGGCGCACUUCUGCUGAAGAGUUUGAUGAAUCAUGUUUUGUUCCUACCAUGGGUCAAAGCCCUGUAAAUGGUGAAGUUUAUGUUAAACUUAUAAGAAGACAUGCUCUUCGUGCUGUACGUCGACUUGUUUCUAAUAGUCAAGAUAUUUUUCAGCAAGAUAAUGCUACCCCCCAUAAAUAUUGGAAAGUUAAAGCUGCUUUUAGCCAGGCUGGUAUUCCCAUCCUACCUUGGCCUGCCCAAAGCCCUGAUUUGAAUCCAAUAAAAAACAUGUGGCAAGAAGUUGAAAGAUGUUUGCAAAAUUCUCUAGAUAAGCCUACAAGUAUUGAUGACUUAGAAAAAAAAGUCAUAGCAGCUUGGUAUUCAAUUCUAUGCAAAUUUUAUUGUAGAUUGGUGAAUAGUAUAGUUCAUCGA